AUGAGAGAUGAUAACGGCGACAAAUAUGUUUUCGCUGCCUGUACAUAUUUCGCGAAAAACCACCCAGGAGAAACUUGCGGCAGUAAUGGAUUGCCGUUAACACCAAGUUCAAUAUCAAUCCUCGGAAGAGCACAACGUUUAUUAAAUAUAGAACACCCUAAUUUGUGUACGUAUCUUGACGUAAUCCGAGGAAAACAUGAAAGAAUUAUAGUAGUUACUGAAGUGUUUGGAAAAUCUUUAGAAGAAUGGAAUACAAAAUUUACAUUUGAUGAAAUCACUAACAUAGGACUACAGAUAGCGAAGGGCAUGGUGUUUUUACACAAGCAAGAUAUCAUACAUAGAACUUUGGCUGAUGACAAUAUACUUGUAGAUAGCUGUGGUAGGGUGAAAUUGUUUAACUAUGGAAUGUAUUACAUGACUGGUGGUGGGUCUGAUGUCCCAUUUCCACUUGGCCUUCCUCGAUACCUGAGUCCUGAAACAAUACUGAAUGGCGGUGGGCCUGCUGCAGACGUGUGGACAUUCGGUAUCAUUUUGUUAGAACUGUGCAUUGGUAAACUAUGGCACAACUUAAAAUCUGGACCGAUUCUUCGUAGGAUACUUACCCUUGUUCAUGCAGCAAAUCCAGCGGAACGGAUAGCAAGAGAGCAUGACUGCUUCGAAGCAUAUAAGCUAGUACCAGAUUAUUUACGAAACGUAAUAGAGAAAUGUCUAAAGAUUUACCCCAGCGAAAGAGCAACGUUUGAAGAUUUAGUAGCAGAAUUGUCACAAAAUAAUGUCAAGCAGUUGGACGAUGUGAAGAAACCGCGUGGUCUCUUGGGAUGUAAACUUCAGUACUUGUAUUAUUGGUGGCAGCUGACAGGCGGCGAUAUACAGGCCGAGUUGAAAAAGAACGGCCUUAUUAAAAAUAGUCCGCCUAUUUUAUCAAUGCCUAUAGCAAUUCUUUUAGAUGGCUGUACCAUAGGCGGUAAGAGCGGUGCCCUAUUUGACCGCCGCAUCGCUAAAUAUAGUUUAGACUUGUUAAAGGCACGUCUAAGCCACAUCCCCCCGCAAGACUUUUAUCCUUUAAUGCACGAACGCAGAAAGGAUUACGACGCCGUCGCAUUGCCAAAGAUAAUAAGAGAAAGGGAUACCGAAUAUCAGUUCUAUAGAUUGCUCUGGUUUCAAAGGCUUUUGCACGGAUAUCCAUAUACAACACAGUAUAUAAGAGCAGAAGCCGAAGUCGAUAUACCACCUUUAGUCCGAGGAGAUGUCUGGGCAGCGUUGUUGGGCGUGAAAGGGGAUAUAGAAGAACAGUACGAGAGAAUUGAUAAGGAAACCCCCACGCCGACUGAUAGACAGAUCGACGUGGACAUCCCCCGAUGCCAUCAGUAUUGUUGGUUGCUGUGCGGUCCAUCCGGUCAUCGCACUCUCAAGCGAUUGCUGAAAGCCUGGCUUCUGACCAAUCCACAAUACGUUUACUGGCAGGGCUUGGACUCUUUGACCGCUCCCUUCUUGUAUUUGAAUUUCUGUAACGAAGCUAGAGCGUUCGCUUGCUUAUCGGCGUUCGUGCCCAAGUUCCUCCACAAGUUCUUCCUGAAAGACAACAGUGCGGUUAUAAAGGAGUACCUGGCGAAGUUCUGGCAAAUGGCGGCCUUCCAUGAGCCCGAACUGGCGACACACCUGCACGAUAUAAACUUUGUCCCGGAACUGUUUGCUAUCCCUUGGUUCCUCACGAUGUUCUCACAUGUGUUCCCACUUCAUAAAAUUGUUCACUUAUGGGACGCAUUGCUUGUGGAGGGGCCAUCUUUACCUCUGUUCAUGGGUGUCGGGAUUUUAAGGCAGUUAAGGGACACACUCCUUGAUUCUGGCUUCAAUGAAUGCAUCCUUCUCUUUUCGGAUUUACCCGAAAUCGAUAUUGGUGAAUGUGUGAAGGAAUCAAUUGAAAUGUGCCGAAGCUCGCCGCGAAGCAUAAGCUUUAGGAGGUUCACAAAUGAACCCGCAACAAAAGACCCUAUGGAUGUCGUCGAAAUACCUUUAGAAGUGCUCUUGACGGAAAUCAGUCCCCGCAUCAGUCUCUCCGAUUUCUUCUCGUUGAUUUGUCAAGACAAGUGUUGUGUGGUGGACAUUCGCUCGAAUUUGCAAUAUGAAAAGAGCUGUAUAGAGGGAAGCGUGAACGUACCGUACAGCGGAGUGCACCUGGGUCAGCACGAUCUGAAGUCGUUGGGAGUGCAGCCUCACAAAGUAAUCACAGAUGCCGUGAAGCAGAAGAAGAUCAUCGUGAUCGCGUCUGCGGAGGAUGAGACUGCGCAGCUCUUCAGCGAUUAUUUAGUGAAAUGUAGUGUGCCGCGAGUGUGCAUACUUCAUGGGGGAAUUUCUGCGUUGCACUCUCACGUUCCGUCGCUUUUCAUCCUUCCGUUGAAGAAAAUUGGCACUAAAUAA